CUAUAUGUUUAUUGAUUAUAUAUUGCAAAAAAUUUCAGAGUCAACGUCCAUCUGCAGUCUUGACUCUCCAUGAAUGAAUCCAAGAACUCAACUGCUCGUUUAAUUCUCUCCAAUGGCGUCGUCUUCUUCAACCAAGAAGAACACGAUGCGGUUGCAGAGCUCAGCACCUCUCCUCCUCCUCCACCUCCUAAUGGCGCGAUUCUCCUCUUCUGCAGAUCUCCUGCAGAACCCGGACUUCGAGUCCCUGCCAACGAACCUUCCGCCGGAGAACUCCACCGCCGAGUUCAUCCCGCUCAACCAGACCACCACCACCCUCCCAGGCUGGACCUUUGAGGGGACUGUCCUCUACGUGAAUGCCGGCAAGACUGUGUCGCUCCAGCGCAACGGUUCUCACGCGGUCCAGCUGGGUCCAGACGGCAGGAUCAAUCAGACCUUCACUACGGAGGGCUCCUCUGGCAGCGCCUCCAUCUACCUGCUCACCAUCACAGUCACCUACUCAGCUGUUGGUGGCGGCAGGAAUUGCACAGCAUCUGCAGCAGCCGUCGUGUCGGCACCAGAUAGCAGGACAGAGGUUUAUCAGAGAGACGGUUAUGAUGGGAAGCCGUGGCAGAGUUUUGGAGUAUAUUUGGGAAACUGGGAGGAAGGGGAGGUAGUGGACUUGGUCAUUGAGAGCAUGAGCUCAGACCCUGACCCAGACACGAUAUGCUGGCCGAUUGUCGAUUCUGUUCUUCUCAAGAGCGCCCGAAGCCUUGCCAGUGACAAUGGCAACUUGCUGCCGAAUCAAGACUUUGAACUCGGACCCGAGUUCCUCACCAACUCAACCGAGGGAAUCCUACUUGACCAGGCACAAAGCCCGCUCCAAUCCCCACUGACUCAGUGGUCCAUCUUAGGGACCAUCAAAUACAUAGACUCCGAUCACUUCUUUGUCCCUGCUGGGAAUGCCGCCAUAGAGAUCAUUGCAGGCAAUUCCACCGGGAUUCAGACAGCAGUCCCCUUGUCUCAGGGCUCCUCAUACACCCUCAAGUUCACACUCGGAGAUGCCAACGAUUCAUGCGUUGGGGACCUCAGUAUCACGGCACAAGCAGGCUCAGUCCUCAAGAACUAUACAGUUCAGAGCAAUGGAACAGGCUCAGGCCAGAGUUUCUCCAUGACCUUCGAGGCAGGUUCUGGUACAACCCCGACCCCAAUCAGCUUUCUUAGCCUUACUGCAUUGCAGACAAAGGCCGGGGCCUUCUGCGGGCCCGUGAUUGAUGACGUCGUUUUGCGUGCUUCCAUGGGAGUUAGAGUAGCUAUGAAUUGGAGUUUCCUGUUGUUUUUAGCUUUAUUUGCAGCAUCAGCUGUAUAGAGCUAUAGAUCCUGCCCAAUUAAUCAUGUGGUGAUCGGGAGAAGGAAGUUUUCUUGGUUAUGGAUCCAUUUUGAACAACUAUCAACAUAUAUCCUCAUUCUAAACUUUUCUAGAUCAUUCACAGGAAUGCCAGAAAAUAGCUCGCGGUUCACACAAAUCAUAUGCAAAGAGAACUGCACGUUUAUAACCUGGAUUUUGGAUUGUAUGAUACAGAAGAUCUGUAAUUGAUCCUAUGAACUGCUAUGUCACAAAACUUCAGAAUAAACACAAAGCUUUCCCUAUAAAGACACAUGAAACGUGUAUACUGGUAUAUUGCAAUGUUAUUUCUUUUAUGGAAUUUCAAAGCAGCAAAUGGUUUUUGGAGAUGAGAAGAGAUUGAAGUCUCCACAUAGGACAUACCCGAGGGUUGUGCCACAGAAUUCUGUGGUAGCUCAGCUUCUUCUCACAUC